AUGGCCGAACCUACCUUGCGAACUCGAUACUAUGGGGCCAGCAAUGACUCUUGGAUUCCUCUAAGCGACCAACUCCAGUCCAAAAACCUACUCCACCAGCAAUUGCUUGAAACGGCGGACGAGUUUUCGAUCAGCUCAUUCGACGCCCAUACCUUGGAAGUCUAUAUCAAUGUUAGCGACGAGAACACUGGUAAAUCCGAUCUCAAGGCUUUCGACUUCGACUUCUAUCCGAACCGUGAGCACAACGUUACUCUGUUCGGCCGCUUUCACGAAGGACAAGCUCAACAGAACGAAUGGUGGAACUCAAGGCGCAACGCAAAGAUCAAGGGAUUCCCCUUCCUCGAGUUGCCUGCUGAGCUGAGACGUGAAAUUUACCGCUUCGCUGCUCCACAAGAUGCGAUCGAGCCAUAUCCUUCUCACGAUCUGCGCGACAGCUAUCGCAGGAAUGGCAUCCCACGUGUCAGAGAAGGCAACUACAACUGGGCCAGGGGUCUGCUGAGAGUCAACAAACUUGUUCAUCAAGAGAUGAGCGAUUACCUAUUCGGCAAUUUCCCCGUACUCUUCAACCACCGCAUACUGCUAGAGGAGACUUUCCCCAGCAACAUCUUGUUCCUCUGCGAGCAUCUCACUCAGCUCACACUCGCUUUACCCACUGCCCGAGAUUUUGUCAAACUCUUCGGUCUGAGCGGCAGAAACCUCAUUGCCGAUGAAGAAUUCAUCUUCGAACCGAAGGAAGAGACAAUCUCCUGUUUGGACCGCGAGCACUUGCCCUUGAUUAAGAAAUUCGAAAUCGUCAUUCCACCCCGCGAGCAGUUCGACAACAAGCUCAAGAGCUACUGCCAGACGCACAUAGCCACCAUGAUCCUCGAAGUCAUGUGGCCUACAAUCUACGGCCAUCCUCUCACUGUUAGCGGCGAGGUGAAGAGAUGGCAAAAGAAGCUCUGGGAGAGAAAGGCCGCUCGUGCUCACAAGGAGUAUGAGGAGAUUCACGCUGACACCGAAGACGGCGGUGUCCGUGUGACUCAGGAAGAUAUCGACAGAUACGAAGGCAAAGCUGACGGCAACGACUAUGACAAGGAUGCCAACUGCUGCGACUGUGCCAUGUCCUGCUGUUUGCUUCACGACGAUGACGAAUCAGAUGACCAUUACGAGUAUCUCUUUCCGUUCCUCUGCAACUGCCACGAUACUUGCUCGUACGACUACUGGACCGAUCUGGAUUUCCCCAAGGACUUGGAAGAUGAAGAGCAAGACGACUGA